AUGCAAGGUUGCUGGGUACUACAUCCUGAGCACAGACCAAAAAAGGAAGAGCAAAAGGACGGAGGAGAAGAAGACAACAACGGAAAACAUAAACUCAAAAGGAAUAACCAAAACAUACAUGGAAAUCUUAAAGACAGACCGGGAGAAGAGGGGCAAGCAACCAAUCAAAGUGCGGAUCAAAGACAGAAACAAAAAGAUCAAGCAAAUAAACAACCUACAGAUCAGAGGCAGAAACAAGUGCACAAAUAUGGGAAACCAACAAAUCAAGCAUGGAAUGUGGUUCAAAAUAAAAAAGGGGCCAACAAACAUAAUGCUACACCUCAGGAGAAUAAAGAUGCAAGAGAUGCAAAUAAGACGAAAGAACAUACAAUCAACAAUGAUAAAAAUGAAGGCACAAAAAAUAAGUUUGAUGCUUUGGUGAAUUUAGAGAAGGAACAUGAGCUUGAAACAAGCAAAACAAUGGUUGGUUCUUCAGAAGCAGUGAAAGAAACAGCAAAACCAUGGGUUGAAGCAUCAUUUGGAAAGCUGCAAGACAAAAACAACACAAAUCAGUCACUGGACAAGAAAUCAACACAUGAUACCAGUGGAAAAACACCACAUAACAAGGAGAAAAGGGGAAGCAAGGAGAUUAUAAACAAGGAAAACCAAUGUAAUAAGUACGCACAAGAAAAGGACACAGACGAAGAUGAGAGCACCAAUAUUCAGAGUACAAACAACAAAGCCAAAACUCAAGAAUCUUCAGAAGCAGUGCAGGAAUCAUUUGAAAUACAGGACAAUGAUAAAAUGCAGCCACAAGAUAUAAAUGCAGAUAAUGUAGAGAUGAAUGUUGAGAACAAAAUCACUGAUAAGGAGCUAAUUAAGGUACAAAACAGUGACAACUUAUCUUCAAUUCAACAAGAGGAGAUAACAAAGAAUAGGGAAGUGCAGCAACUCAAUGUUAUUCCUGAGAAACCCCCUGAUGGGAUAGGCAUAACAGAUGAGACUUAUGAGAUGGAAGGUGGCACAUUAGUAGGAACUCAAACAGGAGAACAAUAUAUUGAAAAGGUUCAAAGUACUAACAAAGGAGAAAACAAAGAUAGGGCAACAGGCAGUAAUCAUCAACAGGAAGGUAAAAUUAAGGAUAAUGAAAGAGAGGUUGCAGACUCAAUAUCCACCAAUGCACCUGAGGAACAAUCAGCAGAACCGGGCAAAGUGGAUGACAUAGGGGAUGAUGAUGAAGUGGAAAAAAGCAGUGAAUCAGUCACACUGGCAAACCAAGAUAUGCGAAAUGUCUCUCCUAGACAAACAGCAAAAGCAAAGAGACAAGCAACACAAAAUAGAGGAAAAAGUGUACCACCUAAGGCAAUAGGUGGUGUGCUAACAAGGAAAGCUUAUGCCAAAGGAAACUCUCAAUGA